UCAUCACGGCUCUGCUCUGCUGCACCACAGAGAGAGGCAUGCACUCUCUCUCUAACACACACACAUAUAGACACACGUGUGCUGCAGGAGAUCUGAGUGCUAGGUCGCUGAGCAUUCACCCUCUCUCUCUCUCUCUCUCUCUCUCUCUCUCUGCCCCUCCCUCUACUGCGCACUCUCUCUCUGUUCACCUUGGCUGCUGGGUGGUGUGGAGUUAUUGUUGCGUCAGAACCAGAGAGAUCCAGAGACAGCCAUGCCGGGGGAGAGCUCUCGCAGAUCUGUCCCCAAAGAAAGACAUCCGGAGCUUGGAGCAGAGCAGACAGGCCUGCCUGAACCAGACAUGACCAGACAUGCCUCCACUGAUUCCACUCCUAGUGACAGUGGCUCGACCCCUAGUGACAGUGGCUCUAGUCCCUCCCCCAGCACCCCUCAGAAGCUGCUCCCAUCAUGCACCUCUCUGUUCGGGCCACGGCUGGUUCGGGCCACACCCAGCUCCUCCACGACCCCGCGACCCCAGCCUGAAGGUUCAGACCGUCGCCACAGUAACACGGUCCGACUUAGCGGGACGUUUGGAGGUCACGGACCCUGUGGACGCCGCAGCGGACCCGUGAAGAUGGAGAGAAUCAAGGUUCUGAUGGGCUCAGAGGUGGAGAGCGACUACAAGGAGCCAGAGAACAUGAACACACGGGUGGUGAUGGGCCAGGAGGCCCUGCUCAAGACAAAGAAAACCCUGACAGGGAAGUGCCCAUGCGGGCAGAGCAGCCAGGCGAUACCCCUGCCCGGAGGCCCAGUCUUGGAGGUCCCUAAGCCUCCCUUAGAGCCCCAGGCCGAGGCUGGAGAAAAGGCCCAACUGGACACAGGGCAGGAGAGAGCCAAUUCACCUCUGACCCCAAAGAUGGAGCAAGAGCAGGAGAGAAGCCCUGUCCUGCCCAUUAGCCCUCUCCUCACCCCUCUCCUAACCCCCCUCAUCCCUGCCUCCCCUCCCUCCUCAGAGCCAGUCACAGUGGAUGUUAGCUUGACGGGCAGCUUAAGCCCUUUGGAGGCAGGGCUGUCUCCCUAUGGCGAAAUGCCUUUUGUAUGUGCCAUGUAUGCCAUGCCCUCCCUGUCCGAGCCAGCCUAUCCCUCUGCUAUCCUAUCCUUCACUGAGCCGGCCUAUGCCGUGGACCCUCUGAGAGUGGGUGUUCCCUCGUCCCUGGAUCCUGACCUAUACUACACCGCCCCCUCCACCCCCAUCAAGAUGGCUGCUCGCCCCUUACACCUCAAACACCGCUCUUACCCCGGCUCCCCAGCCUCUCCCCUCUCACCAAACUCCCCCUCGGACAGUGAGGACCUGUGCUCCCCCCUCACUUCCCCCUCUGGCUCCUACGUCACGGCGGAGGGGGGCAGCUGGACCUCUUCCACCUCCCCCUGCACCUCCCCCAAUCUUCUCCUGGCAGAGGAGGUGCAGGAGGCACCUGCAUGCUUUGUCAGCUCGCUGUCCGAAAUCGGAGACGAAGUGGGGGAGGAUAGGGGAGCAGUAGGGGAGAGGGCAGAGGAGAAGGGAGGAGGAGCAGCAGAGUGGCGGUUCUGCCUCUAUAAGGGUCUAGCAGAAACUGUGAUCCUGGAGGAGGAGGAGGUGCUGAGAGGGGAGGUAAGGGAGAGGAGGAGUGAGGAAGCGACAGUCUCAAGGGGUAGCUGUCGCCCUCGCUGGGUGACAGAGGACACUUCCCCAUUGAGGAGCAGCAGCGGCAGAAGCACCGACUCCCAGGAAGAUGGAGGGGAGUCGGAGGGCUCGCUCUGCCCAGCAGAGGAUGCUCUGGCUGGGGGACAGCAGUACUCAAAUCCCCUGAUGCAAAGAGGCCUGGAGCUGGAGCUGCAGGCCUGUGUGUCUGAGGAGCUUUACUCUCCCAUUACUAACCCAGAUGAUGGAGCAGACUCCCCAAGGCUGACCUCCAUUUCCUUCCCCUUCGCCCCAGAUAUGGGGAACCUAAGCCCUCACACCUCCAGCGUCAACCCUGCCUCCUCCAACCUUACCAUGGACACCUGCUCUCCAGAUGUGUCAGACGGGGAUAACUCCAGCCCUUACGGAGAGAUGGGUACCUUCCUGCUGUUCCCAGGCUCCUACAGUGAUGAUGGAGAGAUGGAGGAGGAGGAGGAAGAGGAGAGUAUGAUCCCAGCCUCUCUGCUUAACUUCCCCCUCCACACCAGUCUCCUCUUCCAGGCAGACUCCAUGGAGAUCACUCUCUUCCCCACAGAGGAGGGGAAUGAGGGAGGAGAGGGAAACGACAGGAACGAAGGGAACGAUGUGGAUGCAUACGCGGCCGGAGAGGAGGAGGGGGACGUGGAGGAUGAUGAUGAAGAUGAUGAGGAAGAAGAAGUGGAGGCUAAGGUAGAGAUAGAGGAGGCUAAAGUAGAAAUAGUGAUAGAGGAAGAGGUGGAUCAAGAGGAGGGUGAGGAUGAGGAAGAGGAGGAGGAGGGUGAGGGUAAGGCUGUAAAUGACCCAGCUGAAGAGGACAACUCGGCCUCCUUCCUUCAUUCACUGUCAGAAACUUCCAUCAACGAAGGGCUGGAUGAGUCCUUCUGUUUCCAUGACGACACUGACGACUCACUAGACUCCGCCUCUUAUAAUGGUGAAGAGGAUGAGCGGCUGUACAGCACAGAGAGACAUGCUGAACCACCCACAGGACCACCCACAGAACCACACACAGAACCACACCAAGCCAAACCUCAGCCUGAAACCAGACCAGAGGCCCACAGCACUGAACUGUCCCAGUCCCAGAGCAGACCUAGCCUAAUCAAUCCCCCAGGUGACAAAGAGCCCCGGCCUGAGGAUCCUCCAGGACCCAGACCACCACAACCUGCACUUGCACCUGCCCAACCUGCGGAAUCAGCCCACCCCGAGUCCUCCAACAGCAGUAGUGGGAGUGAAAUGGAGAUCUCUUCAGAGUCCUCUGAACCUCCUGUCCCCGCUCCUUCUCAGGAGAGCCCUUAUGUCUCUACCCUUAUCCCUAAACUUUCUAUAACCCCUUACCCUGCCUUCACUACCCCAAAGACUACUUCUGCUACUGUGUUAACCCCUAAAACCAAACCUGCAUCUUUCUCUAACCCCAACACUAACUGUGCUCCUGCCCUUAAUGCUAAAUCUGCUACUGUCUGCACCACUAACACUAACCCUGCUACAGCCUCAAUCCCACAAAAUAACUCUGCUACUUCCUCAACCUCCAAAACUAACCCUGCUACCGUAUGUACACCUGAAAUGAACCCUGCUACGGUCUCUACCCCUAACACUAACAGUGCUCCUGCCCCUAACGCUAAAUCUGGUACGGCCUGUACCACUAACACUAAUCCUGCUACAGUCUCAAACCCCAAAACUACCCCAGGUGCAUGCUCUACCCCAAACUCUGCUGCUACUCCUAACACUAACCCUGCUGCUACUCCUAACACUAACCCUGCUGCUACUCCUAACACUAAGCCUACUGCUACUCCUAACACUAACCCUGCUGCUACUCCUAACACUAACCCUGCUGAUACUCCUAACACUAACCCUGCUGCUACAAUCGAGGAGACAGCAUCCCACAGCAAUCCUGUCACCCUGGCAAGCCAGCCAUCCCAUAACAGCCCUGUGACCCUGGCAACAGGAGCAGGGCGAGCCAAAGCAGUUGCAGAGGAAGUACAGGCUGGUACGGUGAGAGAGGAGGACAAAAGGAGCAGUGCAAAGAGAGAGAAAGACAAACAGAGCGGUGGGGAGACAGGGAAGGACAAACAGAGCAGUGGGGAGAGAGGGAAGGACAAACAGAGCGGUGGGGAGAGAGGGAAGGACAAACAGAGCGGUGGAGAUAGAGGGAAGGACAAACAGAGCAGUGGGGAGAGAGGGAAGAACAAACAGAGCGUUUGGGAGAGAGGAAAGGACAAACAGAGCGGUGGGGAGAGAGGGAAGGACAAACAGAGCGGUGCGGAGAGAGAGAAUAAUGAACAGAGCACAGAGACUUCAGACGAGGACCACACAGAGCAGACAGACAGAGACUCGUUCAAACUACUCAUUAAGCCACGCCCCUCUAAGUCAGACACACCCCGGCCUAAACAGAAGACCUCUGAGCCCCGCAAGCCGCUCCCACGUGUGUUUGGGGUGGCAACAGCUUCAGUCCGGUCCAAACCGCUUCUGGUGUCAGUGCUGGAACUGGACCAUAAGAACGAGAACCGCAGCGCUGAAGGUGUGGACUCCCAUCAGGUCCUUGAAGGGACCACUGCCACCAACGACCUGAACAAGGGGGUCCCUCUGCUCUCAUACCCGAAAGAGCCUAACCCCAGCAACAUCCCUGUCUCCUCCUGCCCUGAGAGCUCACCUGACCUGGCUGACAACCUGUCCCUGACCCCUGACAUCUUCCCAUGUGACCCCGCCCAGGAGAACCUGAGGGAGAACACCCUGAGCACUGAGGACGGGGGCCCUGGGGCCCUGGGCUCCCCUCACACACCCCUGGCUGUCUCUCCCAAGAGGGAGAACUCAGAGACAGAUGCAGGGGGGAGGAGGGGGGAUGGGGUCUGGAGGGCUGAUAGGAGGGGGUUAGGAGCAGGGGCCGGGGCCUGGGGGCCAGGGGAGGCCCUAUCUCUCUCUCUGGGGCAGGGCUGUGGGUUGGAGGCACAGAGCCUAUUACUGUAUGAGGUGGAGGGACAUACAGUUGGACAGACAAUUGGACAGAAGAUUGGACAGACACUCUCCGGGCUGCCCAAUAUUGGCACAGACGAGGAUGAGGUGGGUGAUAUAAUGGGGGACGAAGAAGACAACAACAGCCUGUGUGGUCGGCCAGACAAGAUGGCAGAUGUCGAGCUUGUGGGAGAGGGAGUGCCAGAGUCCAACCUGUCCAGCUGGAGGUCCAUCGAGGAGAUAUCAGAGGCAGGGGGAGGAGAGGACGGAAGCUCCCAAUUCCCAGAGGAUGAUGUCAGCAACUUGCAGAGUCACCCGGAAAACAAGGAGGAGCAGGAAAACAACAACAAUGACUCAGUGUUCCUAUCCUCUGGAAUGCCAACCUGUGUGACUCUGAAUGCCCUGUCAGAGGAGGUGAAACACCAGAGCCAGAGUGUGAGUCUGAGGGCGUCUCUCUCAAACAUACCACUCACAGAGGUGAGAUCACAGGCUGCUGCAGCCUCCGAUAGGCCAACAACAUCAACUGACAGCUCAACACACCAAUCAGACAUAAGACAGCCUUCCUCGUCCAUGGAAAGCCCUGGGCGUGUCUCACCACCAGGAGGUAAACCACAGACUGUCUCAGACCAGAGCCCUGGUUCAGUAGAGGCAGCCAUUUCCAGACCCAACACUAACACAGAUAUUAACCCAGCAGUCAAACAGGCAGACCCUGCUCUGUCUCUGCUGGGUGGGGCAUUUGGAUCCUUCAGCCAUAAAAUCAGACCAAGCAACUCCAAGUCAGGCAGACUGUCCCUAGAAACUUCCCGAUCACUGAGGAAAGACACAGUAGAGAAUGUCCAAGUCUCCCAAGAAACUUCUCUCUCAGUGGGCAAAGACACAGUAGAGAAGGUCCAAGUUUCCCAAGAAACUUCCCCAUCAGUGGGUAAAGUCACAGUAGAGAAGGUUCAAGUUUUCCAAGAAUUUUUCCUAUCAGUGGGCAAAGACACAGUAGAGAAGGUCCAAGUUUCCAAAGAAUUUCCCCCAUCAGUGAGCAAAGACACAGUAGAGAAGGUCCAAGUUUCCCAAGAAAAUUCCCCAUCAGCGAGCAAAGACACAGUAGAGAAGGUCAAAGUAUUCCAAGAAUCGUCCCUAUCAGUGGGCAAACACACAGUAGAGAAGGUCCAAGUUUCCCAAGAAUCUUCCCCAUCAGUGGGCAAAGACACAGUAGAGAAGGUCCAAGUUUCCCAAGAGACUUCCCCGUCAGUGAGCAAAGACACAGUAGAGAAGGUCCAAUUAUUCCUAGAAAUUUCCCCAUCAGUGAGCAAAGACACAGUAGACAAGGUCCAAGUUUCCCAAGAAACAUCGCCAUCAGUGGGCAAAGACACAGUAGAGAAGGUCCAAGUUUCCCAAGAAACUUUCCCAUCAGUGAGCAAAGACACAGUGGAGAAGGUCCAAGUCUCCCAAGAAUCUUCCCUAUCAGUGGGCAAAGACACAGUAGAGAAAGUCCAAGUUUCCCAAGAAACUUCCCCGUCAGUGAGCAAAGACACAGUAGAGAAGGUCCAAGUUUCCCAAGAAUCUUCCCCAUCAGUGGGCAAAUACACGGUAGAGAAGGUACAAGUUUCCCAAGAAACUUUCCCAUCAGUGGGCAAAGACACAGUAGAGAAGGUCCAAGUCUCCCAAGAAUCUCCCCUAUCAGUGGGCAAAGACACAGUAGAGAAAGUCCAAGUUUCCCAAGAAACUUUCCCAUCAGUGAGCAAAGACACAGAAGAGAAGGUCCAAGUCUCCCAAGAAUCUCCCCUAUCAGUGGGUAAAGACACAGUAGAUAAAGUCCAAACUUCCCAAGAAACAUCGCCAUCAGUGGGCAAAGACACAGUAGAGAAGGUCCAAGUUUCCCAAGAAACUUUCCCAUCAGUGAGCAAAGACACAGUGGAGAAGGUCCAAGUCUCCCAAGAAUCUUCCCUAUCAGUGGGCAAAGACACAGUAGAGAAAGUCCAAGUUUCCCAAGAAACUUCCCCGUCAGUGAGCAAAGACACAGUAGAGAAGGUCCAAGUUUCCCAAGAAUCUUCCCCAUCAGUGGGCAAAUACACGGUAGAGAAGGUACAAGUUUCCCAAGAAACUUUCCCAUCAGUGAGCAAAGACACAGAAGAGAAGGUCCAAGUCUCCCAAGAAUCUCCCCUAUCAGUGGGUAAAGACACAGUAGAUAAAGUCCAAACUUCCCAAGAAACUUCCCCAUCAGUGGGCAAAGACACAGAAGAGAAGGUCCAAGUCUCCCAAGAAUCUCCCCUAUCAGUGGGUAAAGACACAGUAGAUAAAGUCCAAACUUCCCAAGAAACUUCCCCAUCAGUGGGCAAAGACACAGUAGAGAAGGUCCAAGUCUCCCAAGAAUCUCCCCUAUCAGUGGGCAAAGACACAGUAGAGAAAGCCCAAGUUUCCCAAGAAACUUCCCCAUCAGUGGGCAAAUACACAGUAGAGAAGGUUCAAGUUUCCCAAGAAACCUUCCCAUCUGUGAGCAAAGACACAGUAGAGAAGAUCCAAGUUUCCCAAGAAACAUCCCCAUCAGUGGGCAAAGACACAGUAGAGAAGAUCCAAGUUUCCCAAGAAACUUUCCAAUCAGUGAGCAAAGACACAGUAGAGAAGGUCCAAGUCUCCCAAGAAUCUCCCCUAUCAGUGGGCAAAGACACAGUAGAGAAAGUCCAAGUUUAUCAAGAAACUUCCCCGUCAGUGAGCAAAGACACAGUAGAGAAGAUCCAAGUUUCCCAAGAAUCUUCCCCAUCAGUGGGCAAAUACACGGUAGAGAAGGUCCAAGUUUCCCAAGAAACUUUCCCAUCAGUGGGCAAAGACACAGUAGAGAAGGUCCAAGUCUCCAAACAAUCUCCCCUAUCAGUGGGCAAAGACACAGUAGAGAAGGUCCAAGUUUCCCAAGAAACUUUCCCAUUAGUGGGUAAAUACACAGUAGAGAAGUUUCAAGUUUCCCAGGAAACUUCCCCAUCAUUGGGCAAAGACACAGUAGAGAAGAUCCAAGUGUCCCAAGAAACUUCCCCAUCAGUGGGCAAAGACACCGUAGAUGAGGUCCAAGUUUCCCAAGAAACUUUCCCAUCAGUGAGCAAAGACACAGUAGAGAAGGUCCAAGUUUCCCAAGAAACUUCCCCAUCAGUGAGCAAAGACACAGUAGAGAAGGUCCAAGUCUCCAAACAAUCUCCCCUAUCAGUAGGCAAAGACACAGUAGAGAAGGUCCAAGUCUCCAAACAAUCUCCCCUAUCAGUAGGCAAAUACACAGUAGAGAAGGUUCAAGUUUCCCAGGAAACUUCCCCAUCAUUGGGCAAAGACACCGUAGAGAAGGUCCAAGUUUCCCAAGAAACUUCCCUAUCAGUGAGUAAAGACACAGUAGAGAAGGUCCAAGUUUCCCAAGAAAUUUCCCCAUCAGUGGGCAACGACACAUUAGAGAAGGUACAUGUUUCCCAAGAAACGUCCCAAUCAGUGAGCAAUGACACAGUAGAGAAGGUCCAAGUUUCCCAAGAAUUUUCCCCAUCAGUGAGCAAAGACACAGUAGAGAAGGUACAAGUUUUCCAAGAAUCUUCCCUAUCAGUGGGCAAAGACACGGUAGAAAGUGUGCAAAAACUCUGUUCCCAGCCUCAGCCAAAGGAGACAGAGCCACAAACGAUGAGCCAAAGAGAGGGUGGUGGCGGUCAGAAGACUGACAGGCACAUUGACCAACCAAAGACGAGUGGGGCCUUAGAAGGACAGGAGAGUAGUGUUUGUAUCUCAGGGGAAAGAGAGGUGGAGGAGAGAGCAGAGGAGAGAUUCUCUCCAACAGAGAGUGUUCCAGAACCUGCACAGCGUCAGACACCCGAGGGAGAGCUGAGCACAAAGAAAGCCCUCAUUCCUCCUCAGCCAGGGAGGAGAGGGAAGCAGAGCAGAGACAGACCCAGUCAGCCGCAAAGACAAUCUCCGCCAGGCUUUGGGUCUACUGAUAACCCACAGGAACCAGCUCUCACUGCCAAGACCCUAGAAGACACCUCCCCACCAGGGAAGCAAAAGAAUAAGAACAUGAGGGGACAAAAAUCUGCUGCAGAUACCAGACAGAGGACACCUGUGAAGGGCAAACCUGAAGCAGAGUCCGAGAAGAGAGGGGAAAACAGAAACGCCUCCAGGGCCCCGACUCCCCCUAGUCCUUCCAACCUCUGCCCUAUCGCUCCCGCUCUCCUAGUCAACCAGGAAGUGAACAUGGAAGUGCACCAGGAAAUGCUUGACAACAGGCCGCUGCCUGGCUGCCAGACAGAAAGCAGGAAGGACAUCAACGAUAACAAUGUGGGGAGUGGCCAUGCCUCCCCUACAGAACAGAAUAGAUCCUCUUCUCCUCCACCUCUUCCCUCCUCCUCUCCUCCCCCUCUCUCCCCCCUCUCCUCUCUCCUCCUCUCCUCCCCCCCAGUACCUUCAUGGUGCCGCCAGAUGAGGACCUCCCCACCCCCAUACAGGAGUCCCAGCCUCUCUUCACCACAGUCCAGCCUGUCACCCCACUCCUAGACACCCAGCCUCAAUCAACCAAUCUUCAGGCAGCCUCCGCAACCCUUUCUACUACCCCUAUCGCCCUUCCUAAGCAUCCCCCUAUACCCACUGAAAGUGUCCGUAUCUCCCCUACCCCCUACUCAUUCUCAUCUCCACCCACGUCAGCCCUGCCCUCGACCCCCAGCCUUACCCAGCCUACCCAGGAGUCUCUGCCACGGCUGGAGGCUCCAACCACAGUGCCUGUCCUAGACAUCCGCUGCCAGGCCCAGCCCCAGCCAAACCUCCUCACCGAGCCCAACAGACAGAUCA